UGGUUUAUCUUCUUCGAAAGUCAUGGACCACAAUCACCUUGAAAGAGAAGAAAAGGAAAGCUUCCCCGCAAAGGAGGUGCAGGAGUUGAUCUCUUCCUUCCCUAGAGCACGAGGCCUGGUUCUCUUUAAACACCUCUGUCAAUACCAGGGCUUCUGGGUCGGUCGCAUCGGCCUUGAGGGAGUCAUACUAGCACAACAGCACUUCCAGGCUCAACCGACUGACAUCAUUUUAAGCAGCUCCCCUAAAUCAGGCACAACAUGGCUCAAGGCCCUCGGUUUUGCCAUUGUCACUCGAAACCGCUACGACCAUCUCAACAGCCCUUUACUCACCAAAGUCGCGCACGAGUGUCUCCCCGUCUGGAUUGAGUUUUCUUUCAUCCAAAACAAAAGUUGCAGAAGUCCAGACCUUCCUCUCCUCGCCACACACACUUCAUUCAGUUGCUUACCAAAAUCCGUCAUCACCACACCAGGCUGCAAAAUUGUUUACAUUUGCAGGGAUCCCAAGGAUACUUUCAUUUCUCUGUGGCAUUUUGUUAACAGCAACAUCCCCAAGGGCACCGAUCCAUUUCCUCUGGAGGAGGCAGUUGAGUUGUUCUGCCAAGGAUUGUCCUUCCAGGGGCCUUACUGGGAUCAUGUCUUGGAGUAUUGGAAUGCAAGCUUGGAAAUGCCUGAAAAGGUACUUUUCUUGAAGUAUGAAGAUAUCAAGAGCAACCCCGUUUUUCAUGUGAAGAGAUUGGCUGAGUUCAUGGGGUAUCCCUUUACAUUAGAGGAAGAGAGCAGAGGCAUGGUGCAGAAAGUCGUGGAGCUCUGUAGCUUUGAGAAGUUGAGCAAUCUAGAGGUGAAUAAAACAGGAAAGUAUAACAUGUUGGACAAGUUCGAGAUCGAAAACCGGUCAUUCUUCAGAAAAGGCGCAGUCGGAGAUUGGAAGAAUUACUUGACACCUGAGAUGUCUGCACGUUUUGACCAGAUCUCGGAGCAAAAGUGGAAGGCUUCUGGCUUGAGUUUUAAUGUUGCAUCAUCUUGAUCCUUUUUUUUUUCUCACUUGUAUUAGGUUUUUCCUUCUAUGUUUUCCACAGAACUGGAAACAAACUAAUAAUGAAAUUUAUUUAUGUUGGAUUUGUGCUGAUUUGAGUGGCUUUUCAUUAUUUUUGAAUAGCUAUUCCGACAACGAUCUGCUAGUCUCGUCUUUCAUUCCGGUCUCUACCAUAAAAUCUGGGGUCGUGUUCCCACCAAAGGGCAAGUGGCUAAGUACUUGGCCGAGUUAGUUUAAUCCUUUAUCUUCAUAGGCAUACUUGUAUUUUUCCUUUUUCUGAGGAAAUGAAAGAUUUUGUUUUGUAGUGGUGAUCUAUUCAAGUUUUCUGUAGAUGACAACUCAACAAUGAAGUUAGUUUGUUGAAUACUUUCAGGAGAUGUAUGGCUUCACCAUUCAGCACGCACAUUUGCCUUGCUAAUAGACAUGUAUUUAAAGU